UACAGAGCAAUCUCUUGUGAUUAUUUAUCAAGUUAGUUUAGUGAGGAAAUAAACAUACAAUAAAACCAUAAAAUCAAGGUAAUAUGUUGACAAAUUGGCAGGAUUGAAUCGAUGGAGCAUUCUGAAUAAUUCGUAUAUCCCUACAGAAAAUGUUUGGUAAUAUUUGUUUAAAAUUUCACAAACGGUGCAUAUUUCAAGGUGAAACUGAUAAGCUUUGAAAUAUGUUGACUUUGAUCGUCAAACACCCCGUCAAGUUUUACCACGUGGGUAAAUACUCAACCAAUGGGAAAAUGAUUCUAUUUGUUGACCUAUUGCACGUGGAUCAAUUUAACCGAAAUACGCAUGUGUAAUAACCUUGUAACCCGUGAACCUGCCGUCUGCUAAGAAUGACAGUCCCUGGCCACACGUCGAAUAUGGAGGAAAAACAGCAAUCUGUUGCGGGUACCCCGAAUGAAGCAAAUCUGCUGAAAUUAAUGGAACGUACAGGUUAUCCAAUGGUGCAAGAAAAUGGACAGAGAAAAUAUGGCCCCCCACCUGAUUGGAAUAAGCAAGCACCUCCCCGUGGAUGCGAAAUUUUCGUAGGUAAAAUACCAAGAGAUUGCUAUGAGGAUGAACUUGUUCCUGUUUUUGAACGCAUUGGAAAACUUUAUGAACUUAGACUUAUGAUGGACUUUUCGGGAAGCAAUAGAGGGUAUGCAUUUGUAAUGUAUACCACAAGGUCUGACGCACAAAAAGCUGUUCGGGAAUUGAACAACUUCGAAAUUCGCAAGGGACGGUUACUGGGUGUAUGCACCUCUGUUGAUAAUUGUCGUUUAUUUGUUGGUGGAAUUCCAAAAACAAAGAACCGGGAGGAAAUUUUACAAGAGAUGAAAAAAGUCACAGAAGGAGUUGUGGAUGUGAUUGUGUAUCCCAGUGCAGUGGACAAGAGCAAAAACCGUGGAUUUGCAUUUGUGGAGUACGAAAGUCAUCGGGCUGCGGCUAUGGCCAGAAGAAAAUUAAUUCCUGGGAGAAUUCAGUUGUGGUCCCAUCAAAUUGCAGUCGACUGGGCUGAACCUGAGCAAGAUGUCGACCCAGAGACGAUGUCCAAGGUGAAAAUACUGUAUGUUCGAAACCUGAUGUUAAGUACAACUGAAGACACUAUACAAAGGUUUAUGAAUUGCAAACUAGGAAAGGACAAUGCAGUAGAGCGUGUGAAGAAGAUCAAGGACUAUGCUUUUGUCCAUUUCAAAGAUAGAGAUGAUGCUCUUCAAGCCAUGGAACUGACCCAUAAUGCAACUCUUGAUGGUGCCAGAGUAGAGGUUGUUUUGGCAAAACCUGUAGAUAAAAAUGAUUAUAGGAACUAUACCAGAGGGAAAACUGCUUUACAACAGGAUGAUAUUGAAGAGGCUCUAGAAUCACAAUUAAAACAGCUUUCUUUUGAGGCGUUUGGUGGAUACAACAUGUAUGGUGAUCAAGCCAUGUUUAAUCAAGUUUUCCAACAUCCUGGCAGGGAAUUCCAAGGUAGGACAGCCAUAGGAAUUCGAGGUGCCCUGAGAGGAAGAGGUCGUGGAGCGGCUGGAUCUAGGGGAGCAGGGAAUCAGAGAGCUGGGUUCAUUCCUGGCGUAAUUGGCAGGGGUCUGCGAAGGUAUCCUUAUGAAGACCGUUUAUAUGAUUUGCUGCCUGGCAUGGAACUGACACCUACUAACCCUAUAACACUCAAACCACAAACUGUCAAACCUCCAACACAGAUUUUAGAUGACUUUUGCCAAAAGAAUGGCCUUGGCUCUCCAAUUUAUCAACUACAUUCCACUCUCAAUGGAGAAAGUCAAUUAUUUUUGUAUAAGGUUACUGUUCCAGCCUACCCAAAUCCUUUUCAACCCAACAAAUUAUGUCGCACUGUUGAGGAUGCAAAAUGUUUUGCAGCAGAAUUUGUGAUGUCUCAGAUGGGAAUUCCAAUGGAUGGUCCACCAGAGAUGCCCACAGGACCUGUAGUGGCUUCUGCACCUAUUGCUCCUAACCCAUAUCAAGGGAGGCCUAUAGGACCUGCUUAUGCCUCUAUUCCAAGUGCUGUGUCUGCACGUCCAGACCUGACUUUUGCUUCUACCAUGCCAGUGGUGACUACUGCACCUCCUUCUUAUGUUAUGGCACCAGGAGAGCUCCCACCACCCCCACCACCUCAAAUUGCUGGUUUUGACACAGGAUACAUAAAGUGAGAUUACACAUCCUCAUUGUUUGCGUGUGGCAGAUUUGCAUAAUAUAAUAUAUAUUUUUACUUUUCCCAAUAAAGGGUUUUUGAAAUGGAAGGAAAAUAAACAAAAUGAGAGAAGUCAGUAUUUUUGAUCAUGAUUCUGACAUUUAAUCUGCAGUCUUGAUUAGAGAAAACAAAAGUUGUAUUUUACAAUUGGUCAGGUUGUAUGUUUACAUUUUACUGAAGGACCUGGUAGGAGAUAUUGUGUCAUGGUAUUAUAUUUCACAUUGUUAUAUAUGUGUAUUAUUGCAUGCAAUUUUAAUGUUAAUUGUUGAAAUCAUUUUAACUUUUAACAGUGUUCUAUUGAACACAACAUCUUGUUCAUUUAGGAUUUUAUUCUCUCUUUUGAGAAACAUUUUUUAUUAUUUUUACAAAGGUGAAAUUCAAACAUAGAUACAUGUAAUAAAAAUCAGUGAAGAAUUGAUAUUGUACCACAAAGAAAAUAAACUUAGUGCUAACAAUUUUUUACAUUUGUAAUGUGUUGAGACUUUUGUGUCCACAGAGUUAAGUUUAUAAAAAGUGUCAUCUCUAUUGAGAAUUAAAGUCCCUGAAAUUUAGUUAACUGUGUGGUACAAUAUCAUAUUUAUAUAAGAACAGUGCUCUUAAUUCAUCGUUGAAGACUAUGUUGAUUCGAAAUGUUAUACACUUUACCCCCAGAGUGCAUGCCAUCUACAGUGCCAAAAGCCUUUCAUCAUGAACAUAUUAGUUUAUUAGGUAUCUGAAAUGCUUUUAAAAAAUGACCAAAAGAAACUGGUGUCUUAUAAAUAGUACUGAUAUUUAAUCAAUCAAAAUACUAAUUUAUGUUAAUAUGGAGAAAAAAGUUGGGAGUAGUUCUAUGAUAAUUUUAUUAAAUAUCAUCUCAUGCUUCUAUUACUAGUAGAUGCCACUCUCCAACUUUGCUAACAUUUUUAGAUAGUGUAUGCACACUCAAGUCAAGUAUACAUAUGCAGCACAAACUUGCCAGUUUUAUGGUUGUAGUAGCAAGGCUGUUAGUAAUUCUUAGAUUGAAGUUUCUCUAAAUCUGAACUGUUGAUGAUAACGAAGACUUAGUUGCAUAGUUAAAAGCAAAAAUUUUUAGCGUUUGUUGAUCAUUAAUGUUUGUAACUUUUUCAGUGAAUAGGUUUU